CGAUAGAGGUGCUUUGCCUUUCCUCUGAUGGAGGCGGCUCCUCGCAGUCACACACGCAUCGCUUGCCGUAGGCGCGGUGAAGCCUGGGUAGGACACAGAAAGCGGCGGGAGAGCGACACAUCUGUCUCCAAACCUGAUCAAAUCUAGUUAUAUUGAGCACCGUUUACCAACAAAAAAGGCAACAAUGGCGAAGGUGCAGGUGUUGAAUGUGGCUGUCCUAGAUAACCCGAGUCCCUUUGGAAACCCCUUUCAGUUUGAGAUCACGUUUGAGUGUAUGGAGGACCUUCCCGAAGACCUGGAAUGGAAGAUCAUCUACGUCGGCUCAGCGGAGAGUGAAGAGUACGACCAAGUCCUCGACUCCGUCCUGGUCGGCCCAGUACCUGCUGGGAGACAUAUGUUUGUGUUUCAGGCUGAUGCCCCAAACACUGGAUUGAUUCCUGAAAGCGAUGCUGUUGGUGUAACUGUAGUGCUGAUUACCUGCACAUACCGUGGCCAGGAGUUCAUUCGCAUCGGUUACUACGUGAACAAUGAGUACACAGACCCCGAGCUUCGUGAAAAUCCACCCAUCAAGCCAGACUACACACAGCUCCAGAGAAAUAUUCUGGCAUCAAACCCACGUGUUACCAGGUUCCAUAUAAACUGGGAGGGCUGUGCGGAGCGAAUGGAAGACUCAGAAAAUGUGGAUCCCACGUCAAACUCCAUGCUCCCUCCAUCCUGUGUUCCAGGCAAGGCCCCACCUUUGGGGUUACUACCAGAUAACUCCAUGGACUGCUUAUAGAGAUGACCCCCUGCCUCCAAAAGUGAUGACUCACGGCAUGAGAGCUUAUUUCUGAAGAAUGCCUGUGGACAUUCUAGUGUGGAUGUACAGACAUCUUUGCCUUACAGCUGCCCUUAUUUACCCGAAGCUUGUCAAAAAAAAAAAACGAACACUCCCCUUUGGGCUUCGGAUGUGUGCGUGUGUGUUCCAGAGGAAGAUUAUGAACAUCUCACCAG